GCGUCCGUAGUGUACGCCCAGCGCUGCGCCACGUGCUGGAGAACUUCCGCCGGCUUUUACUCGCCCAGCUUCUGGGAGACAGAAGUUGGGGAGGCGGAGACGCGGGGCGGCGAAAGAGGCUGUAACUCUUCUUCCUCUGCUUCACCUUUCACCCAACGGUUUGGAGGGCUGACCUUGAAGUCGGGAAGAACUGGGUUGAAGUCCUACCUCUGACAUAUAAGCUGUAAGACCAUGGGCUUUCAGGAGUGUUCUGGCCUCUGCCCAGUUGCGCCAUGACUCAGGCUUUUGUGAUGUGCCCGUUAUUGAGAGGCUCUGCUGGAAUAUUCUGCCCUCAGGCUGCGUUGUCCCCACGGAGGCCCAAAGGCUUGCGUCCCUUCGGGAGCUGCAUAAUGAAACCCCAGAAGAAAACCGAUCACUUGGAGAGGACAGCAAAAAGCUUUCGACAAGAGGUUUUAUCUCCCGCUAAAGUAUGUGGGCUUAGUGAAGAAUCGGAAACUGUCCGAAGGCUCCGUUUGCUGAUCACCAAUAAAGAUUUUACUUUCAAAGCUGGCCAAUGGGUUGAUUUCUUUAUUCCUGAUGUUCCUGUGUUUGCUGGAUUCUCGAUUUGUUCAAGCCCGAGCCUGUUAAAACGAGAAAGUGCUUUGGAAUUAGCAGUGAAAUAUACCAACCAUGCUUCCUCUCUCUGGGUCCAUACCAAGUGCACGCUCGGCUCCGAAGUGACUGUUCAAGUUGGCGGAAACUUCUACUUUGACCCUCAGCCUUCGGAUCCCCCCGUGAACAUAGUGCUGAUAGCUGGGGGCGUGGGGAUCAACCCCCUCAUUUCCAUCCUCCUGCACCUGACCGAUCUCCAGAGGCAUCGGGACAAGAAGGGAAGCGGUUACGAGAUGGGAAGAGUCAGGCUGUUGUACAGUGCGAGAAACACCAACGAGUUGUUAUUUAAGAGGAGCAUUCUCAAUUUAACAAGUGCAUUUCCUGAGAAAGUCAGGUGUAAUUUCUAUGUCACAAAGCAGACUGCAGAAAUCAGUGAAGAGCUUCGGCCAUAUGUCACUGAGGGGAGGAUCCCCCACGAGGAGCUGGAGGAGCACAUCUUGGAGGACACUCUCUUUUUCAUCUGUGGCCCGCCCACCAUGAUAGAACACUUCUCUCAGCACCUGGAAGCCCGCAGGGUCCCCAAGGAGCGCAUCUGUUUUGAGAAGUGGUGGUAGCCGCUGAGGCGAAGGAGAGAGGGUGGCUGCUGGCCCAGGACAGUGAGCGGGACCGCUUCUGUGCCAUGUGUGCUGAGGCCGCGGGCCUCCCUGGUGCUGCCCCAACACCACCCACCGAGGGGACUCCUCACGGGGGAGGAUGGAGGAGUGUGUGUGUGUACGCGGACAGAGACAACAAAAUCUGCGCCAAGGAGUCACUGAUGACUGGGUGUGGGGGACAGCUGCCUGAAGGGUCCUCGGGAACUCCUCAGCAAUGUUCUCACCCCCACACUGAUUCCACAUUGAUUUUUUGUUCUUUUUCCAGAGGGUGAGGGUGACAAAUGAUUUCUCUUUAUCCCUAAAUAUCUGAAACCAUUGGAUUUGUGUGUGAACUAUUGAUUAUGUAAGAUUUCUCUUUUACAAAAAACAUGUAAUUUAUGUGCAAUAAACUCACAUUUUAAUCAAGUGUU